UCAAUAGUUUGCCCACCACCUAUUUCUCGUCCCCUUCUCCUUGUGAUCCAUUCCCUUCCUUGUAAUCAACACUAUCCUCUUCCUCCUCCGUGAGUUUAAGGUGUUUCCAAACACCAUCUAAAUCUUCAGCCAUGUAACCUUACUAUAAAGUAUCUCCCUGGCCACUUAAGAACCCAUAACCAAAACUGGCUACACCUCAGUACCAUAUCAAUUUGAUGAUAAACCUAACUCGUCGACCGCCACUCAUAAAGACUUCCUACUGAUUGGGUCGACAGACAUGGACUCCUAAAACUCCUUUUACUAAACCUAAUUUUGGGGAGACUCAAUAAUCGAAAAAGAAAUUUUUAGAUUAUAGACAAAUAGUAACAAACAUUAUAAGGUUAUUGAAUUCAAGUAUAAAUAUCCCAUGACCCCUUCAAAUAUCUACCUCGCUAGUCGUUAAAAAGUGCAUGCCUACACACACCUUCACCAAAUAUCUACCUUCAAAAUACCACACUGGAACACUUACUGCCACCUAUGUCCUACGCCGCUACCGCCACCACCAACGCCACCACAUUUUCAACACCAACGCUAGACUCCGAGUCCCCUACCCUCCUCCAAUCCAUCACCUCCCAUGGAGGCUAUGCUUAUGCCCGCAUGGCCGCUUUAGCCGCUGCCGGCGAUGAACGCGCUGCCGAGGCGGCGCGUGAGAUGGCUUGGGAGCAACUCCACUCUGGCCCUUGGAAUUCCGUACUCCCUGUAUGGCGUGACGCUUACUCCAUGGCGUGCCUCUGCGUGGCUAAGUUCCAUUUCUCCAAUGGUGAGUUCAGAGAUGCUCUUAGGGCCUUGGACAUGGGCAUCAUAAUGGGCGGCCCUUUGCUUAGGAAAGAUUUGGACUCGGCAAUAGAAGUCGUUUCGGCCUCCAAAGCAAGACAGUACAGUAACGGAGGAGCUGAUGCUGAUAACGAGGGUCGCCAAAAUGCAGUGUCUAGAUUGUUGGUUUGUCCGGAGGAGUUUGAUGAGUCCGAGGUACUACAAAUUUUACCAAUAAGGUCCUUGGCUUCUAAGAUUGUGGGGAAGAGGUCCGCCCUAUCUUUGGAGGGAUUUCUACAUGAAUUUUUCCUUUCAGGUUCUCCAGUUAUAAUUACUGAUUGUAUGGCUCACUGGCCAGCCAGGACAAGGUGGAAUGACGUGGAUUACUUAAGAAGGGUUGCUGGUGAUCGUACCGUUCCAGUUGAGGUUGGAAAAAACUACUUAUGUUCUGAGUGGAAGCAAGAGCUUAUUACAUUUUCCCAGUUUCUUGAGAGGGUUCAAUCUAAUGGCAGUGGAAGUAAGGUCCCCACGUAUCUUGCACAGCACCAAUUGUUUGAUCAGAUAAAUGAGUUGCGGAAGGACAUUUCUAUUCCUGAUUAUUGUUAUGCUGGUGGUGGGGAGCUGAGAUCUCUCAAUGCUUGGUUUGGUCCAGCUGGGACAGUGACACCUUUGCACCAUGAUCCACACCAUAAUAUACUUGCUCAGGUCGUUGGGAAAAAGUAUGUGAGACUCUACUCUGCUUCAUAUUGUGAGGAGCUUUACCCAUACAGUGAAAUCAUGCUCAACAAUUCCAGCCAGGUUGAUCUGGACAACAUAGAUGACGAAGAGUUUCCAAAAGUGCGUGAGUUAGAAUUUGUAGACUGCAUUUUAGAGGAAGGUGAAAUGCUUUAUAUCCCACCGAAAUGGUGGCAUUAUGUGCGAUCUUUAACAAAAAGCUUUUCAGUGAGCUUUUGGUGGAGUGAUUCUGGAAGUUCAACGGUGCCUUAAUAUUGUAUUCUUUCCA